UAUGCCAUCAAAAUACAACGUAAAUUAUCAGCAAUACUAUCGUGGAUUUUAAAUUUAAACGCUUUCUUCUUAACCAGUGUUCAACGAUACAGUUGUCAUUUGAUGAGAAAACUAUAAGAUGCUUCGCUAUUAUUUAUCUUUGUUGUGGAUUGUUUCAGUAUCUCCUUGGACACACGGAUUGAUAGUCGAAGAUUUUCGCCUGUCGGGGUCAAUUGUACCUAGCGAAGGACUGCUGGAAGCGAAAGUAAACGGCACCUGGGGUGCCGUCCGUUACAUAUCCCGGUACAAUUUUCGAGAUCCGCUAGAUGACCUCGUUUGUAGAACAUUCGGAUAUGUGAAUGAAUCUGUGAUGCAGCCCCAAGAUUACGGAACACCGAAUGCCGCCUUUACUAUCCGACACUGCCCCGUCGACAUGACGUCACUGCAGGUGCUAAACACAUCAUGCGAACUCCAGGCAGGAAAUCCACAGGAUGACUAUGACAACAUCUUUAAAACCAUAAACUGUCAAGCGUUAAAACUGGUAGACGGUCCUUCCCCACUGGAGGGUCGGCUAGAGGCGGGACUGUUCGGGCAACUGCAGGUCGUCUACGGGCGUACCUUUGAUGAAAAGGCGGCAAAUGUCACGUGUACAUCACUAGGAUAUCGCGGAGUUCGCUCCUAUAACACCAGCACGCAUUAUGGCGCGGGAAAACUACCCCUGUAUACUCGCAACAUCCAGUGCACGGGUACCGAGCUUUCACUUGAGCAAUGUUAUCACUCUGGGGACUACGCCGCGUCACGCACACCGGCUAACGUCGUCAGUGUUGCUUGCGAUGGCGGACCAAUCAAAUUGGAGCAGAUCAAGGGCAAUCGUUCAUACGAGGGAAUACUAGUCGGUUACCAUGACAACAUUUUGUAUGACUUCGUUGGUAAUGUUUCGGAAACAACGGCGAAGACAAUGUGUUCUAUUCUUGGAUUUGGCCAUGUCGGUUUCUCCAGUCGUGCGCAUCCUGGCAAAAAUCUAUAUUACUUUAAGCAAGACGUUAAUUGUAACGGUCACGAGAAAUACAUAGAAGAGUGUCAGGGCGAGCUCCAAUACUGUGUCACACAGGGAUAUUCAGGCUGUUACCACAUGUCAAAUAGCUUAACUCACGUGGCAUUAUUUUGCUCGGACUACACACUGGAAAAUAUCAGCCUAUCAGCGAGUGGCGUUAUACAAGUGGGCGUGAACGGCCAGUUGUGGGCUGUCUGUGACGCAUUCUUUACCCUAGAAACAGCCAAUAGCGUCUGUACUGUGCUUGGUUUUCAUGGUACAGGAAGCUUCGCAGUUAAGACAAAUGGCGAUGAUUUGGAUACGGAAAUACUGGGAUCGAUAAUUUGUAAUCCAAAUACAAAAAGCAUUAUCGACUGUCACAUCAAACACCAGUUCAGUUACCUUUCCUACCACCCAUCGACAGAGUGUAAAGGCUACGUCAUGCUGACAUGCAACUGAUGUCUUAUGUAGAUAUUUACCAUGUCCGAAUGAUUUGACGAUGUUGCAUUAAGUUGAAGCGAAAGUAUUAUGUUAUAAUUAUGAUUUUCCUUGCUCAAGAUAUGGAAAUAUUUACAUGAAAAACUACAGAAACUAGUUUAGUAGUCGGAAGCUUAAACAUUAAUCACGUUCACUGACACAGGGCCAAAGCCAGAAACACAGAAGAACAAUACACACAUUCACUAACCAGCUACACGGAUCAACAAUAAACACAUCCACAUACCAGCUGCACUGAUCAACAACACACACAUCCACAUACAAGCUACACGGAUCAACAACACACACAUCCACAUACCAGCUACACGGAUCAACAACAUACACAUCCACAUACCAGCUACACGGAUCAACAACAUACACAUCCACAUACCAGCUACACGGAUCAACAACAUACACAUCCACAUACCAGCUACACGGAUCAACAACAUACACAUCCACAUACCAGCUACACGGAUCAACAACAUACACAUCCACAUACCAGCUACACGGAUCAACAACAUACACAUCAACAUACCAGCUACACGGAUCAACAGCGCAACACUUACCAAACAACACACAGCAUAUAGAAUAUAUACAACAAACUAGUAGUGUUAAUCAAUGAAC